AUGUUUUACCCACACAGCGAAUAUGUGAAGAUCAUUGAUGGAGGCGGUAACGAGAUUCUCAAUCAUAGAGGGUGUGUGCCUUUUACCAAAGAGAAUUUGUUGGAUGUACAGUUUGGCUCGUCCGGUAACAUCUCAGUUCAAGUGUAUUUAGGAAAUACUCAAAGCAGCGUGAAAAUCAAGUUUGCUAUUUUGAAGAACAACAUAUAUUCAGGUACGUUUUAGUCACAGACAUUUUUACUGUUUCUUAAUUAAAGGUGCUAAAUAUUGUAGACCAUGAUAAAUAGACCAUAGACAAUAUUUGCCAACUGGUACAUCGACUGUUUUCCAAGUAAUUUGAAAUUACAAUCUUCUAUGUUAUUACAUUAUUAAUUAUUUUUGUCUACAAGUUGAUGAUUAGAAGCUCUAAAAAUGACAAAAAAUUAUCCGAGAAAAUCCUUUUGAAAACAAGAAAAAUAAACCUGGUUUAAAUUUAACCCCGUGUUAAGCGCUAAUCGGCCUUCGAACAAGUGGGCCCUGGGUAGAAUAGACCUUAUGCAUGAUACAAGCAAGUGCUUCAGGAUCGAUGGAAGGGAAGCAAUAUUACGUGGUAUUUCAGGAGUAAACAAGUGAUAAAAUAUGCCAGUACGAGUAAUCUCUGUUCCUUUUAUUUUUACCUUUUUUUCAGCUUUACCGCUAUCAGGAUGGAAUGUGACUGUUUUGAUGUCCAGUUAUUUUGGUUUUAGUAUUCAGUGGUCUUCGCUUCGUACGAGCGUUGGCCGGACUGCCAGGUUUUACUUGAUUCUUAUCAAUAGUCCUGCGGGAAAUUUACUAGCUGUAGAAACUGUCCCAGGAAGUGCGACAACUAAAGAUAUCACCGGGCUAAGACCAUCCACAAGGUACAGAAUUGGCGUGUACGGAAUUGACGAGACUGGACAAGCCUACAAAACCAGUGAAAGUCUGGCUUCCACCACUUAUGGUAAACUGCACAUUUUGCAUUGAAUUCUGUUUCUUGCUACAUGAAAAUUGAGGUCAAGAGAUUUUAACCUAAGGACAUGACAUGCCUUGGUUCCCUAAUAACAGCUGUGCUAAUGUAAUGGCUAUGGUGAUAAUCUUCAGGAAAUAUAUUUAUCGUCGUUUGACCAGCAGCAAAGGGCUUAUCGGUACUUGGCAUAACUAAUUGUUGAAUCCAUUUUUUGGACCCCAUUAAGUAAAUGAUGUUGCAGGGAUCAGGGUCACUGUUAAACACCAGCUGACCUAUAAUUCAAGACCGGUCACGUCACCGUCUCGAAUGCGGAAAGUUUGGUUUGAAAAGAUUAUGAUUCCAUCGAAGAAAUUAAAGGGGAAGGCGCUUCCAGAUUUAAUAUCCUGGGGCACUGAGAAGAUACUUUGAUAUGGAAGUAAGCGCCACGAAGGUUCAUAUUCCCUGCUUUUAGCCUCCAUACCACUUCCAUACAUGAGCUGUAGCUCACUCUCAGCUCUCUACUAUUAAACCACACGCAUAGCCGGACACAACUUAUAUGUAGCCUACUAGGUUUUUUAAUAAAAUUAUCGAAUGGAAUCAGAGAAAUCUAUUGCCUUUUUCUUCUGCAAUAAUAAAAAUUUACUCUAUCUUUAGGGUAAGAUAAGAGAAGACCUUCGUUGCAUAUCAAACUAUCUUUCAAGAGUGCGAUUCGCACCAUGGACAUCGUACAUUACUAAUGUUCUUGAUUGCAGCUGUAAUUGCCUGGCUUGCCUUUCGUGGAAGUUUUUUUUUUUUUUUUUAACUCAUUGUUAUGUGAAUGAUUAAUUACAUAUAAGUGCAUAGUUUCUUGGUUAUAGUUUUAUUGUGAAUUUUUAAUUCUAGCUAAAUUUAUUUAUUUUUUAUAUCUAGUUUCCCCGCAAUUAGCUUCAUUAGCUAAACACUCUUGACACGUAAAUAAACUUUAUGUAUGUAACUAUUUAUUAAUUUUUCUGUUUCAUAUAGUAUUUUGUGGGUCUCGACCAAGCGCUAGUAGUCGAAUUGUUGGUGGUUCAGUUACAAGAGUUAAUAGCUGGCCGUGGCAGGUGAUGUUGAUCAGAACGUCUGGAAGCCAGUUUUGCGGCGGAUCGUUAGUAGACCCUUAUUGGGUGGUGACCGCUGCACAUUGUAUCAGAGGAAUAUCGCCGUCCUCUAUCAAAGUAAAGUAAGUUACGCUUGAUUUAUUUCAAAACCAGAAAUAAUACUCCACUUUAGGAACUCUGGGGAGAAUAGGUACAAGCUUUGGGCAAAGUAAUUUCUGGGGUUGUUUGCGUGGACAAGCUUUUGGUCGUGGUAUUCAAGGCAAUCAUUAGCCAGUCAUCAAGCAACGGUCGUCUCCCCCCUCCCCCUUUCCCCAAAUGAUCCUAGAAAUCGUUGUGCUGGAAGCUUGUACCCACUUCUUCUGAUGGCUUCUAGAGUGAACUGCUGCUCACGUUGAUUAUUUUGUUGACCCUAUGUUCACGAUUCUAAUUAUUGGGUCUCGCUAUCCUGACAGCAUGCAGUAGUAGGCUGGGAUUUCUGAUUCUGUGCAUGCAAUUUGUGGGAUUCUGGUGCGUUAAUAUCUUGUAUUAAUUAUUCUGCGAUCAGGCGUCAAAAAAAAAUAAUUGUAAUAAUUAUAAUAAUUAAAUUAAUUAAUUAAUCAUCAACAACGAUGACAUUGGUCAUGUGUUAAAAGGAUAGUCAUUAUUAAGGAUCGUUUGCAUUUAAUCAUACUUGUCCUUGUUGCUGUCAUCGUCAUCAUCAUCAUCAUCGUCGUCGUCAUCUUCGUUAUCAUCAUCAGCGCCAUUGUCGUCGUUUAUUAUAGUUGCUAUAGUUUUCUAAAUAUUAAUUUUGAAUUGUAUGUACUUUUGUCCUAUUUAUUUUCCAAGGUUGGGAGCUCACUACAGAACAACUAGCAGUGUUGGAACAGAACAGGAAAUCGGGGUUGUACAGAUCAUCAGUCAUGAAAACUAUCAUAACCCGUUGACCUAUAGCAACGACAUCGCCCUGAUUAAGCUCUUAAAACCUGCAAAUCUAGGAGUAGGCAUCGGGCUUGUCUGCCUGCCUGAUAUGCGCCAUGCUCUCCCUUUUGACAAUUUAAACAAAAAGUGCUGGAUAACAGGCUGGGGUACACUGUCUUCGGGUGGGUCCCAGCCAAAUACACUCAUGGAAGCUGAGAUACCACUGGUCUCCAAGCAACGUUGUCUGAAUUCCUACCCUGGAAAGAUUGAUGAUUCGAUGCUAUGUGCUGGCCUGGAUGCAGGAGGAGUUGACACUUGUCAAGGCGACAGUGGUGGUCCACUGGUGUGUGAGUUCAACGGUACAUGGUUUCUUGAGGGUGUGACAAGUUGGGGUCACGGAUGUGCGCAUGCUUCAAAGUAUGGAGUAUAUGCUAAGGUUAGAGAACUGAAAGCAUGGAUAACCAACCAUAUUUAUCAAGCAAUAACGCCUGCUGUUUCGCCACAGAACCAGUCGGUGUCCGCGUUAGGUAAGUAUUUCAAACAGCUGUUACAUAACCCUUUCUUGGAAAUUAAAAGUCCCCUUUCUGUAAUCAUCUAGCCAACGUUUUUUACUGGCAAAAGUUCAAUGACUCUAGCAAAACAUGCAAUUGUAGCAUUGUCAGUGCUACUGCUUUUAUAAACGCUGGGAAUUUCUUCAUUAAAAAUAUAAUUUACUAAUUAUCUUUGGGGGAAAAUGAAUUAGUAUAUAUGAUGAUAAUGAUUUGUAGUGAUAUUUGGCAUAAAUACCACGAGUGAUAUUUCGAAAUUGUUAUAAGUAAUUUUGUUACACGAAAGUUUGACACAAAUUUAAAAUAUCAUGAGUGGUAUUUUGCCAAAUAUCACGUACUGAUCAUGUUAUUAUGUGUUUAUACUACUGCCUGAAAAAGGUUUGUAAUUUUCACAUGUAGGUAUUUCAAAUUAAGCUGAAAUACCACUGCUCUAAGCUAAUCAAAUUGCAGAAAUUUCACACGUAGUAGUAUAAGUAAAUAAAUGAACGAAUGAACGAACGAACGAACGAAUGAGUAAAUAGAUGACUGAAAGAACCGCGAAUGAACGAACGAACGAAUGAAGAAUGAAUAAAUAGAUGAAUUCAUGUAUGGGUGGACAGACAGGAAUGAAUGCAUAAAUUAAUUUAUUAGUUUGUUUUACUUGCUUAGUGUGGUGUACAUUUGACAAUGGAUUAUGCUCCGGAUGGAACCAAUCUUCUUCAGAUGACUUUGAUUGGACACUUUCGUUUGGUUCAACAGCGUCCGCAUCUACUGGCCCGUCUUCUGGGCAAGGGGGAUCAGGUCAGAUUUAUUUCAUUCUCUUAUUCCCAAAUCCAUCUUCAAUGCAGAAGAAAUGAAGCUUUAAUAAAGUUCCCGUCGUCAUUGGCAUGAAGUAUAUUUUAGUCUACGUUACACGUAUUUAUUUUGUUACCAAACAAUAUUAAGUGACCGGAGCCAUAUAUUUAAUGAAGUAAAAUUUUAUCUAGUAAUGGGCGUAAACAGCCAACGACUCUGCCUUUUAGGAAUCAAAUAGCAUGAGCAGUUUAUAUCUUAUAUAGAUUUUUUAUGUGCUUUUCAGUCAACGCAAGCUGUAAGAAAAUAAAGAUAACUCUUUUUGACAUUUUUGUUAAAACAAAAAAAAAAAACAUCAACAGCAAAAUACAACACAAAGUCGGUCACUUGUGUCACAUGUGUACAGUAUGUUGAAGGUAUCCGGCCACUUCAGUUUAACAAUGAAAUAACUUUCUUUUCUUGGUCGCAAGUGUUCUGAAAUUUGGCCCAGAGACAAUCUAUUUGGUCCUUAACAUGAUGAAAGACAGUUUUUUUUUGCCUUCGUUUCCAUCGUGAAAUUCUGAAUAUUUUUGCAGAGCUCCUAUGUUGCCCAGGCCCAGUAUCCGGCCAAAACAAUAAUAACGUAAUUAUACAUAAAUUUGACAGGCAAGCGACUUACAAGCUUCUCUUGCACUUGCAAAGUCACUCUGGCAUUCGAUUUCAAAAAUUUAAAUCGACCUGGGAACCUAGCAUCGUGAAACAAAACAUAACAUAUAAUAACUGGGGUAUGGUGGGGAAAACUACGCGAGCGGCUGACCUAGGAUGGAAAUGUGGAGAAAAAAAAUGGACAAUUUGAGGAGCUAACAAAGAAGACAAAAUUCUGAUCUUUUUUUCCAAUAAAAUGCAAGCUCAAUAAGCUAAUCGUCGAACCGGUUUUUUUUUUUUUUUUAACAAAAAACAAAACAAAACAACAACAACAAGCGACAAAAACAAAAACUGGAGGAGAGCCCUUCCGACGGUCAAAAGUGACUCUGCCAUGUAGUAUUGUUUUCUUUCUCGGGUAUUAAUGUCAACGAGAAGAAGAGACUGUCUCCCACCCCGAGUGUGAGUAAUUUGAGUCUCAGGCCAAUUCGCUAUUUUUCAACGGUAACACGGAGUUCAAACUAAGGUUCUGUCGAUGGCUUCAGACGGGAAAGGUUGCAGAGAUUUGCGACCUUUGAUUUACUCUCGGUGCAAAGGCUUCUUGAAGCAAGAUAACGAAUGGAAAAGAGAACUAUCGCGUGUUACCUAUUGGGAAUUUGGAGGCGACUGGAGCCUUUGGAGCGAAUUUACGGCCGUUUCCCCUGGGUGGAUCCCUCGGGCCGCUUCGAUGGAGUCCCCAACCUUGGUAAACCUUUAUCUAGAGAGAAAACCGUUUACAGUACAACCAAUAAAACGGCCAUAAAUCGGCCCAUAGACCACACAGGAGAGAGGUAACACACAUUUUAUGUAAGGUAAGCUGUUUUUUUUUUUUUUUUUUUUUUUUUUUUUAUUGAAAUCCUUUGAUUUUCGUAGGUUACGGAAACGAUAGUUUUUUUUUUUUUUUUUUUGUUCCAUACAAAUCCUUAUAUUUCGAGUGUUAUGCAACCAUGUCGAUGUUCGCCGAUGCUUAUAUUUCGAGCUUGGGCUACCUAUGGUCUGACCUGUUGAUUUCUUCAUGCUCAGUCCCCACAUUUGGGCUGCCGUUUUCUACCACCAAUUCCUGUUUCUUGACGUUCACAUCUCUCAAUCCCUUUACACAAGCCGUGCCAACGAAAUCAAUUCGCCUUUGAAUCUCCAUAAGGAGUUGAGUAGAAUUACAUUAUACAGAUUGCAUUACAUAUCCUAAUCUUUAACUACGUAUACUGUUAUAGAUAUGAAAUAAAUUUUGCCCGGAUAGUACGCAGCUAAUUCAUCGAUUCUGCACAGCAAAGAGAAACUGGCCGGACACUGGGCACCUGACAUCAAUACUUAGUGAAUGUUUCUGGCCUCCGUUAUUCCAAAUAAAUUGAAUUUCAAGAAUAAUUUAUGAAUUUUCUGACAACUUGACUUCUUUAAGUAUCCUCACUUUAAAUAUAAAACAGUUUCUUGAAAAAUAUCACAUAUUACCAAUCCUUAUUUGAACACCAGUAGUUUUAUUGCACAGUAAACAGCGUAAAUAUUAAACAAGACCGGUGUCUUCUGCAACUGUUUCUCCAGCUGUAAACCCGCCAAAACUUGCAUUUUAAAGCUGAGAUCGUCAGCUCCCAUUCGAAAUAUUUUGUUUACCGAAAACUGAAAAGGGCGCGGCAAAAAUUGAGCUUUUGUUUUAGGUGGCCGGAUACUGGGCAACAUACUGUAUCGUCCUUUGUUGAUUGUUAAAGUAAUAUUUACUUAUAUUUGCCUCUUCCUUUUUCAUUUAAGGAAAUUAUAUGUACAUUGAAACAUCCUCUCCAAGAAGACCUGGCGACAAAGCCAAGCUUGUUCUUACUAUUCCAAACAACGGAGAAAUGUCAUGCCUUUCAUUUUACUAUCAUAUGUAUGGAGCUUCAGUUGGAACUCUUAACGUCUACAGCGGAAACAGCAAAGUCUUUAACAUUUCCGGACAACAGAGUAAUUACUGGAUUGUGGUGGAGAGAAACAUUAUUCUGAAUGAAGUGGUAAGAGCAAAAAAGUGUGCGAACGCGCACGUAGUAAUUCUAGCUAGCGUAUCGUUAUCGUCGUCAAUAUCAUCAUCGCCAUGCGCCACCACCACCACCACCACCUAAAGGGAGUAUAAGCAGAAAGAAAGAGUCGGAUAUAUUGCUAACUACAGCUCAACACUUUCCGCAGGUAAUAUUCGAGGGGAUUGCAGGAAAUUCAUUCACUGGGGAUAUAGCGAUUGAUAGUGUAGAAAUAAACAGUGGAAACUGUCCAGGUAAAAGUAAAUCGGUUUGAAUAUUUUUUUUAGCCUUCAAACAGGCUCACUUGUGGGAAUUCACUUUUCCUUGCGCGCUGGUAGCUCCGCCGACCAAAUUUCCACUCACUGUCACUAGUGAGUCCGCUUGCAGGCUAUAUAAUUUAAAAAAAACCCUCAACACUAAUCUUUACCUGAAUAUUUUCAUUUUAUAUGCACUCUUCCGUUGUCCUGGCCUACUCAUACUAUGCGUUUUUGUGUAAUUACCGUGGCGUUCAGCGGCGAAUCCAGACUUUCAGAAAUUGAGGGUUGAUUUCCACUGACGCGUUUUUGGCUACGCACGUUGACGCACGUAAAUUUGGAUCACGUAAAUAAAAUAGAGGCAAGAUAAAAAGUGCUGAGCUUAAACGAGAGGGUGAGCGAGGUUCAACUUUUACGCCUACGGGCUACCUUUCGUACAUUGCCUAUAUUUUAUUUGCACACGUAAAUUUUACGCACUUAGGCACGUAAAAAUUAUGAGACACUGGAAAUCAACCCUAAGGGGGAGAAGGGAAAGGGGGGUUGGGGUGGGUGGGCCGAUCAUGCUGCGGUCUAAAACAGUAGGGGGGGUCGGUGGGGGAGGCUCUCGCAAAUCCGCCUCUUCCGGUGCAACUCGUCUUGUCAAUUAUCGUUCAUCUUGAUACCGCGGAAAGAUCCUUCAAGUUAAAUGACACGUGAUUUAUUUACCUGAUUCUCUUGUAGUAUCCUGUGAUUUUGAUAACGGAUUGUGCUUUGGAUGGAGCCAGUCGAGGCAGGAUGUAUUUGACUGGACGCUGUACUCUGGCCCCACACCUUCGCGGAAUACUGGACCAUCCUCGGAUCAUACAAGUGGAUCAGGUUUGCUGCCUUUUGAAAUUUACUCUUUAACAUUUUCUCAGAUUUAUUUCACGAAAAUAUAUAAUUAUCAGUAUAAAUUUAAUGAAUGUAGAUUAAACUUGAGAAGAUAUUUAUCUGUUCAAGACUUGCGGUUAUAAGCAUUUAACUCCGUUGCUGUGCGAUAUAUAAAAGAGAUCAACUGUGAGGUAUAUCAAUAGUUGUAACAAGGUACAAAAGCGGAAUGAGGGAUUGCGUUACUGUAUGACAGUUACGCUGUCAUGAAGUUCUUGAGUAUGAAUCUGUUCCUGUAGGGUCAUGAACUUGCUCAUUUAUUAAGUUUGUUAAGGCAACAUAGUUAUUUUUGACAGAUUAUAAAGUAUAGACAGUAACCCCCUUUACCCACAAAACGAACACUGCCGAGAAGCCUUAGAAGCCCGCGAUAUAAUGAACACGUGCACAUUUUUUUUUUAUUUGGGAAGUGUGGCUAUCCAGUAAAAAGGCUUUUCAUGUACCUAGUUUAUGUGUAUAGCUGAUUCAAUAAAGGUUGCUUUAGGCAUUGGGAAGCUAUUCUUUGGUGGUCACUCAUGUAAAUCAUUGCAUUAUUCCUUACACUCAAAGGCCCAAUGUGCAAUUACCAUUGUCCAAUGUCUAAAAUUACCAAUGUCCAAUUAUUAUUAUUUUUUUUUAUAAUAGUCACAUAGGAGAUCACUUAGCGGAAAUAUAGAGGCGAUAGGAGCAGUAACUUUUUCAAUAUCCGGCUUUAAAUAAUGUUGUCAUGUUUAUAGCGCACGGUAUUUUAAGUAUUUUAAACCUUUUGUGGGUAGUAGUAUAAACAAAUAAUAGCAUUAUUUGUUCGUGAUAUUCGGCAUAAAUACCACUCGUGAUAUUUCAAAAUUGUCUCAAGUUUCACUCGCCUAACGGCUCGUGAAAUUACGUAUAACAAUCUUGAAAUAUCACUCGUGGUAUUUAUGCCAAAUAUCACUACAAAUCAUGCUAUUAACCGAUACAAAUUCCACGGAAUAAAGUUCAAUUGUCACUUUAUUUCAACCAUUUGGAAAUCGCAGAAUUCACUCAGUUUAAAAACAGAUUUCAUGUUGCCGUGCGUCUGUUUUUUAUAAUAGUCACAUAGGAGAUUACUUAGCGGAAAUAUAGAGGCGAUAGCAACAGUAACUUUUUUAAUACCCGGCUUUAAAUAAUGUUGUUAUGUUUAUAGGGCACGUUAUUUUAAGUUCCUCAAGACUCCUUUGCUUUUUAAACGAUGGUAUGGACCCAAUGCAAAAAUGGCUGCUAGCUUAAUAUUCUUUUGUUUUAAUUAAAAUGAGCCUGACUAGCCUCGCUUUAGUUAAUGGGUUCUUUUGAAUUUUGCAUCGGCACGAGGCUAGUCAGGCUAAUAAUUUUAAUUCCAGAUGGAAACUCAAGAUCUCUGAUUUCUUAGUGUUUCCUAACAUUCAUGAUUAUGAUCAUGAUCAUCUUCAUCAUCAUCAUUUUUUUUUUCCACAGGAAAAUAUUUCUAUAUUGAAGCUUCGAAUCAUGCAUUUCGUGAUAAUGCAAAGCUGACCUUUGCGGUGCCUAGAAAUAAAGCUUCAUGUUGCUUAAAAUUCUUCUAUCACAUGUAUGGAUCAAGAAUGGGAACUCUAAAUGUUUUCAGUGGAAAUAAUAAGAUAUUUACCAAGUCCGGAAAUCAGGGACACUACUGGAAAAGAGUCACCAAAACAGUUUACCUCUGUGAUAUGGUAAAUCGAUGUGUAAACUGA